ACAGACACUUUUCUCUCUCGCACUCUGGCAUGAUGAUAGCUCGCGUCCAAUUUGUAAUAAUAAUUUAUCAACUUUUGCUACUUUAGUAUUCUAUUCUGUCCUUGUUCAACAUUGUAUAUUGUGCAAACUACAGAUCACAGCAUUAGCGGGAUAUUGAUAAGUGGAUAUAGCAACAAGAGCAGAUUAUAACAGUUAUUAUAUAAUUUGAAUUCUUUUACACGAAUUAGAAAGAGUUGAAGAGUCAAUUGAAUUGGGAUUAAUCUACGUUGAUGGAAACAGACACACAAGUGCUUCUCAAAGAGCAGUAUAUAUAAACACAAGAGCAUUUCGAUGAAAAGAAAAUGGUAGAGAAGAAGGGGCUUAAAAAAGAAGUAGUACAAUAAUCCAUAAGGUGAAAAAGACCGCUUGGGAAGGCAGGCUUGAAAGAUGAAGAUAUAAAUCGAUGUCAACGACGGCAAUAGUUUUGUUAUUUCAUUUCGCACGAGAGUCGAAUCCGGACUUUUAAAUAUGCCACACCAAUUUGGACUGCCAACGAUGGCACACGGUAUGCAAUCCCCGCCCUCGCCGACCUCGGUCAUGUCCGUUUAUCCUCGAUUCGGCUCCGGCAUCUACAGGGCCGAUCACCAGGACCAGCGACUUACCCGGGAGGCGAUGGAACGUUAUCUACGCGACCGUAGCGACAUGGUGAUUGUAAUCCUACAUGCCAAGGUUGCGCAAAAAUCAUACGGCAAUGAGAAACGUUUCUUCUGCCCGCCACCCUGUAUCUACCUGUUCGGUGAUGGUUGGAGGAUGCGUCAGGAGCAAAUGUUGCGCGAAGGCGAGAGCGAGCAGAGCGCUCAGCUGUGCGCUUUCAUCGGCAUUGGUAAUUCGGAUCAGGAUAUGCAGCAACUUGAUUUGAACAACGGCAAACAGUACUGCGCGGCAAAGACCCUUUACAUCUCCGAUUCGGACAAGCGCAAGCACUUUAUGCUCUCUGUCAAAAUGUUUUAUGGCAGCGGCCACGACAUCGGCGUGUUUCACAGCAAGCGUAUCAAGGUCAUCUCGAAGCCGUCGAAGAAGAAGCAGUCUUUGAAGAACGCGGAUCUAUGCAUUGCUAGCGGCACGAAAGUGGCGCUUUUCAAUCGUCUGCGAUCGCAGACGGUUAGUACGCGCUAUCUUCACGUGGAGAAUGGCAAUUUUCACGCGAGCUCUACGCAAUGGGGUGCGUUCACCAUCCAUCUCUUGGACGAUAACGAGAGCGAGUCGGAGGAGUUUCAAGUGCGCGACGGUUACGUCCACUACGGCAGCACCGUGAAAUUGGUAUGCUCCGUCACAGGAAUGGCUCUGCCGCGACUGGUGAUUCGCAAGGUAGACAAACAAAUGGCCAGUCUGGAGGCGGACGAUCCUGUAUCGCAGUUGCACAAGUGUGCCUUUUAUAUGAAGGACACGGAUCAUAUGUACCUGUGCCUGUCGCAGGAGCGUAUAAUACAAUUUCAGGCUACGCCUUGCCCAAAGGAAGCGAACAAGGAGAUGAUCAACGACGGUGCCUGCUGGACCAUCAUCAGCACCGACAAGGCAGAAUACCAAUUCUUCGAGGGUAUGGGCCCGGUACGGUCGCCGGUGACGCCGGUACCACUGGUCCACAGCUUGCAUCUCAACGGCGGCGGCGACGUGGCGAUGCUCGAGCUGACGGGCGACAAUUUCACGCCAAACCUGCAAGUCUGGUUUGGCGACGUGGAGGCCGAGACCAUGUACAGAUGCCAAGAGAGCAUGCUCUGCGUCGUGCCGGACAUCUCGCUCUUCCGCGGCGAGUGGCUCUGGGUACGUCAGCCGACGCAAGUGCCGGUCUCUCUCGUACGCAACGAUGGCAUCAUUUACGCGACUGGUCUAACUUUCACGUAUACGCCCGAGCCAGGACCGCGUCCGCACUGUCCGCCCGCCGACGAGAUUAUGCGAGCGCCACGUGCCAUGCACAAUCAAGCCAGUAUACCGCCUGCCGCGAUGCCCGCUGACGUACCCUGGAACACUCACGGACAGCCACCGCAAUCGGGUCUCUGAUGUCUCCUAGACAAUCAUCUUAACGCGAACCAAAGUUUACGAUAUACUAAUGAUACGGACGGUGUAACGCCCACUGCUGUGUCUCACGACGACUACGACGAUGACGACGACGGUGACGACAACGAUGACGACGACGAUGACGACGACGACGACGACGACGACGACGCGAGUGAGAGCGAUGAUGAUCGCUCGUACCUGACGAAAAAUUUAUUUCGCGAAAUCAAUGAUGAUGCGACGCGAUGUAGUGCGAACUUGGACAAUACGAAAACGUAGCGUAUCGCUCAGUGCAUCCGACGUGAUGCGACGAUGAUAUGGCGCGUCGAAUUUCGCGCGCAUUAGACGAUCGUGGAACUAGACUUGCAACUUGUUGAGAUACAGAUUUACAGAGAUAAUAAUUUGUCAUAGCGAUCCUAUUGGUUUAACGGCUUACGCUAUAGUGUGUAUAGACUGAGUCGCGAGUAUACGAUGUCGGAUGAUAGAAUUUUUGGGAAAAACAAACGAAAUUAUAAUAUUUCAUUUACAUGAUAAAAAAGUUUUAAUCGUUUCUACGAUGUCUCCAAGGGAAACAUUUCCUCCUUGUCUCAUCUAGCACUUUAAGAAAGAUACAAAACUAUCAAACGAUUAGUAACGUUAAUAACAAGUAAUAGGGGUAACACAGUCUUGGUCUAUACAUUCGCAUAUCGGUCACCGAACGAUGGUUGUGCUUUUAACAUUGUAUUUGUUACGAAAGAAGCUGCUGCUGCUGCUGCUGCUGCUACGCUUGGAAUUCGGUAUAACGGAUCUCGAAGUUACAAUUGGGCGUUUGCUACAUUGUUACCGAUCGUAUCGUAAAUUCUAAUUGUUUUUAAUACAUCAGUUUUAUCCGUUUUAUCUUAUCGGCAGAAUAUCAUUUCGUAAAGAAAGAAAAAGAAAGUAAAACAGAUUUACAAGAAAACUCGUCGAGAACUCGUACCGAAAUCCGAGCGUUGUUUCGCGCGAAUGGUCUAUCCUGUACAAAGUUAUAUAGGGACAAGGUACGUGAUGUAUUUUUGAAUCCACGCACGACGGCCUCGACAUUUGGUACAUUUGUAAAUUCAUAUGCGCGCGAUGUCCAUAAUUUCUUCAUUAUUUAUUAGGAGAUGCAUGAUAAAUGCAUAUACUUUCAUUGAAUGAAAACGUGCGUGAAUCGGUGCUGAUUGUGAAAACGAUCAGAGAUUGAUAAUAGAUGAUGAUGAUGAUGUGUGUGUGUGUGUGUGUGUGUGUGUGUGCGUGCGUGCGUGCGCGCGCAUUAUUGUAUAUAUAUAGUAUUUCAAUGUACGUACAGCACUUAUUGUGAUUACAAUUAUGUGAAUCCCGGUGUAACAAUUGCGUUAGAUGUUUUAGAGAUGCUCGCGUAAAAUUAAUUUUUGAUUAUCCAACUUUCGUAUAUAAAAUAAAAUGUAGCCAAAGCAAAACAAAUUCCUCUAGCAUUAGAUAUUGUAUGGCAUUGCACAUAUUUUUACGUAUUUUUCUUUACAAAAAAUGUUGAAUAUCGGAAAUCGCGAUGUUCGAACGAAUGGACGGAUCUUUAAAUUACGUUGUGCACGAAUGAUGCGUUCGGGGUAUCAGAACUAUUGCAUUAUUAUAUUUGUUCCACGUCUAAUGAACGAUAAAGCAAGAAUGACAAUAGUGAUGACAGCAUGUUCCCCGAACGUUCAUAUCUGAAGACUUGUAUUCAUAAUACUUGAGAUUUUUUUUUAAUAGAUCGAGCAUCUACUAUCAUAAUUUGGAGCGUUUUUAUAAGGAUUUUUCGUGAAAAAAAUUUUUUAAAGAUUAUAUUUAUGUGCUUUAUUGUAGUUAUAUCGAUAAGUACAAUGAAGACGCAUAUAAAGUUUUAUGCUCCUACACAUUUAGAAUAAACAGAAAGUUUAUAUUACAUGAUGUUUAUUAAGUUCCUGAUUUAAUUCCCGAUUCCAAAACUAAAUGUUGGGACUUCUUUGCGAAUAUCGUAUACAGAUGCACAUACGUAUUAUCGAUAGUCGCGUGAAUCUUUUUUACUCACAGACUCCUUUGAAGUUGACAUUAAUUCAGUUGUAUUUGAAAUAUCGAAAAAUUUUAGUAAAUAGAUAUACAAGUGAUUAAAAAAAAUUCCUUCCCAAGUAAACGCGACGUUUUCAAUCAUUAAUGUGUGCAAUGUGUAUGUAUACAUAUUCGGAUUCUUUACCUUCUUUUUUUUUCACGGAAGAUAAUCGAAACACCGUCAUCUUCGAAAGGAAGUGAGAUAGUAUCGCCUUGGGAAUGUCUUCCCGAAGAGAUUUGUGUUGGAAAGGGGGAACGCUGGUAUAUAUACAUUCCAUGGGAAUUUACCCACGAUUAACGCUUGUACUUUGCGCGUGGAAAGUAUGGUCGUCUUUAUUCACAAUUAUAAAAACGAAUUAAUAGUAAUUAUACUCUUGCGUGAGACGUUCAUUUCGAAAUUAUAUUCUGUAGACUGUAGAGCAAGACACAUUUGGAGAAAACUUUUUGUUCUACGGAUACAUCGUGUUGUUUUGCACCUUUGCGAGAAUUCGUGAUUCCUCAAAAUUUGACUUAUGUACUUAAUAAUAAAUUCACUGGACGGAUAAUAUAUUUUAAGCAUUCGCCAUCGCGGAAUGAUCAGCAGUAGAUUCGCAAAAUGCUAUUGCGAAUGCGUUUUUUUUCCCUUAAAUACGAAUACGAUUAAGUAUAGCUGCUAUUAUGCCCGUGUCACGCACGUACGUAGAGUGCGUGGAUAAUUGCUUGGAGAUAAUAAAAUACGAAUUUCAGUUACAGAAUCUACCAAUAAUAUUUACGAGAUAAAGGGAAUAAUUUUAUACAAAGCGAUGAAAAAUUCCUAAUCAUAAGUAAAUCAUGUACAAAUCUAUCAGCUACAACUUGUGUACAUAUAUAAAUUGUUA